AUGGUCCACCCCACUACUACUUGCUGCAAGACCACCCAGGAUGGCUCCUGCGUCUGCGCCGCCCAGGCCAAGUGCUCCUGCGGCCAGCAGAGUGCUCUCAACUGCAGCUGCAACAAGGCUUCCACUGAGAACACCACUUCGGGUCCUCGCUGCUCAUGCCGCUCCCGCCCCGCUGGCCAGUGCACCUGCGAGCGCGCUGUUACUGAGAACCAGGCCGUCUCUGGUUCAACCUGUCCCUGUGGCAGCCGUCCUGAGGCUUCCUGCACCUGCGAGAAGGCCGCUGCUAUCGAUUCUGCCCUUGAGGUUGACUUCACUGGCAGUGCUUAG